AUGGCUAAUAAUCAAUUAGUUUUACGUAAUAAUAAUCGAGAAUUAGUUUUACGUCAAAUAGAGCAAUUGCGAGAUGAAGAUGGAGUGUCUGAUGAAGAGUUAACUUUACUAAAUAUUAUGAUUAAUGCUAUACAAAUUCAAGAACAACAAGUACAAUCUCUUACUGAGGGGUUUAAUGCAUUACUGAAAAAGUUUGACGAGAAAGAAAAAACUGAAAGCGCACGUAAAACCAAGAUUGUUGCUGGAACUGUUGCUGGUGGGUGCAUUGGUGCUGGUGCCGGUGCUGCUGUUGGUGCUAAGUAUGGAGCUAGCCUUGGCGCCGUUGCAGGUCCAGCAGGUGCCAUAGUUGGGGCCUUAGCAGGUGGAGCCGUUUGUGGCUUAGCUACCGCUUCUCUUACUAAAUAG